AUGUUCGAGGGGAAGGUGCUGUAUGCGUCGCCGACCAGCCGCGUCCUGACCAAGACGCCAAGAGACUUCUACAUGCCCAACUACGAAGACGUGGAGAUUACGACCAAGGACAAGAAGGUCGUCCACGGGUGGCUGAUCAAGAGGAAGGAUGCGAAAAGCUCGCCCACCAUCAUUCACUUCCACGGCAACGCCUGCAACGUGUCGCACAUGCUCUACGACGCACUCGGGAUGUUCCAGAAGGUCAAGGCCAACAUCAUGCUGGUCGACUACCGCGGGUACGGCAUGUCCGAGGGGACGCCGAGCCAGCGGGGGCUGAUCAUGGACGCGGAGGCGGCGCUGGACUACCUGCUCCUGCGGCGAGACGUUGUGGAUCCAAGCCAGAUUUUCCUAUUCGGUCGGUCCCUGGGGGGGGCGGUGGCGCUGGAGCUGGCUGCGAGGAGGGAGGAUCAGAUAAGAGCGAUCAUAGUGGAGAACACUUUCACUAGCAUCGAUGAUCUGGUCAAGCACUUGUCUCCAGCGUACAGUAAGUACAUGAUCCGGGCGAUGCGCAACAAGUGGGACUCGAUGCAGGUCAUCCCCAAGAUCAGCCGGCCGAUGCUGUUCCUGUCAGGACGAGCGGACGAGAUCGUUCCUCCUUGGAUGAUGACGGCGCUGUACAAGGCGGCCGUCCAGUCCGAGGGGCGAGAGCUCGCGGCGUUCCCCAAGGGCAAGCACAACAGCACCUGCCUGUCUCGGGGAUACUACGAGACGAUGAAGAGGUUUGUCGACCGUGUCCUCUUGCCUGCUGACGACCACCAUGGUGUCGUGUCGUGA